AUGACAGGUGGCAAUUUAGAUCCAUCAGCCAUACAACCCAAAAUAACUGUAAAAGUGCUGCUUUCAUGUCCUGUAGUUUUAAUACUGAUAGUGCUAGAACCACGUUUUUCUAAGGUAUAUGAACUAGAACUGGCAACGAUUGGGAAUACUUUGAGUGCCUAUAAUGAUGUCAGAAGUUUAGCAGACAGUGCGUUAACAAAAAUAGUUGAUUCAGAACGAAGGGCAAAGGUAUUGGAAGUUCUGCCACAGGCUGGGGAAUGCCGACCCGGAAGAGCGAUAUCUUUAGGGACGCCUCGAGGUGUCGAGGGUACUGCUCCCCCCUGGCUGUGCAUGGAGAUCGGUUAUAAAAGCGUUGUAGGUUUGAGAUCAAUAAAAGCGUUGAAUAUGGAUAAAGAAUUUAGUUCAGAUCAAACACAAGAGGAUAUUGAGCAAAACUAUAAUACAUUAAAGUCGAAGCUUAGUAAUCCAUCAUCUGACUUGGAUGCCCCUCUCUAUGACGCCCUCAAGAAAAAUUUGGUUGACUAUAUCAUCCCUUCUAAACUUUCAUGGCAAGACCCGGAGGCAAAUAUGGUUUUAAGUGAUGAGUCAGUUGUGGUAAAAAAAUUAAGUCAAAUGCAAAAACGUGCUUUCAUGGAGCCUUAUUAUUAUAAAAAUAUGAAAUGGAUUCAAUCGUUUCAAAAUGUGAGAAAGAAAAUAACUGGACGCAUAUUGAGUAUACUUGGAGAUGUUUGGAAUAAUCCUGCCUUUGAAAAUAGCUCAACUCGUAAAGAGCAAAAUGAAGGUACCUAUGUUACAGAUGUAAUAAUGCCUUUGCUUCGAGCUAGUUUAGAAGAUAUGCCGAAUGGAAGAAUUUGCUUAAGCAC